CCAAUCAGGCGGCUCUCGUGGAGGCAGCUAGCGCGAGGCUGGGGAGCGCUGAGCCGCGCGUCGUGCCCUGCGCUGCCCAGACUAGCGAACAAUACAGUCAGGAUGGCGAAAGGUGAUCCCAAGAAACCAAAGGGCAAGAUGUCUGCUUAUGCCUUCUUUGUGCAGACGUGCAGAGAGGAACAUAAGAAGAAAAACCCAGAGGUCCCUGUCAAUUUUGCAGAAUUUUCCAAGAAGUGCUCUGAGAGGUGGAAGACAAUGUCUGGGAAAGAGAAGUCUAAAUUUGAUGAAAUGGCAAAAGCAGAUAAAGUACGCUAUGAUCGGGAAAUGAAGGAUUAUGGACCAACUAAGGGAGGGAAGAAGAAGAAGGACCCUAAUGCCCCCAAAAGGCCACCGUCUGGAUUCUUCCUGUUCUGUUCAGAAUUCCGCCCCAAGAUCAAAUCGACAAACCCUGGCAUCUCUAUUGGAGACGUGGCAAAGAAGCUGGGUGAGAUGUGGAAUAACUUAAGUGACAGUGAAAAGCAGCCUUACAACAAUAAGGCGGCGAAGCUGAAGGAGAAGUACGAGAAGGAUGUUGCCGACUAUAAGUCUAAAGGAAAGUUUGAUGGUGCAAAGGGUCCUGCGAAAGUUGCCCGGAAAAAGGUGGAAGAGGAAGACGAAGAAGAUGAGGAGGAAGAAGAGGAGGAGGAGGAGGAGGAGGAGGAGGAGGAUGAAUAAAAAAACUGUUUAUCUGUCUCCUUGUGAAUACCUUAGAGUAGGGGAGCGCCGUAAUUGACACAUCUCUUAUUGGAGAGGUGUCUGUUGCCCUCAUUAGGUUUAAUUACACAAUUGGAUCAUGAUCAUAUUGUAGUCUCUCAAAGUGCUCUAGAAAUUGUCAGUGGUUUACAUGAAGUGGCCAUGGGUGUCCGGAGCACCCUGAAACUGUAUCAAAGUUGUACAUAUUUCCAAACAUUUUUAAAAUGAAAAGGCUCUCGUGUUCUCCUCACUCUGUGCACUUUGCUGUUGGUGUGACAAGGCAUUUAAAGAUGUUUCUGGCGUUUUCUUUUUUUAAUUUGUAAGGUGGUGUUAACUAUGGUUAUUGGCUAGAAAUCAUGAGUUAUCAACUGUACAUAUCUAUAGUUUGUAAAAAGAACAAAACAACCGAGACAAACUCUUGAUGCUCCUUGCUUGGCGUUGAGGCUGUGGGGAAGAUGCCUUUGGGAGGGGCUGUAGCUCAGGGCGUGCACUGUGAGGCUGGACCUGUGGACACUGCAGUGGGCAUCCAUUUAGCUUCAGGUUGUCUUGUUUUUGUAUAUAGUGACAUAGCAUUCUGCUGCCAUUCUUAGCUGUGGAAAAGGGGGGUCAGCUGGCAUGAGAAGUGUUUGGAUCUUUUUUAGUUAAGUGCGGUAGUUUUAAACUGUUUGUUUUUAAACAAACUGUAGAACUCUUCAUUGUCAGCAAAGCGAAGAGCCACUGCAUCAAUGAAAGUUCAAGAACCUUCUGUACUAAACACAAUUUGCAAUGUUCUGUUAUUUUUUUGUAUGUUUAGAAUGCUGAAAUGUUUUUGAAGUUAAAUAAACAGUAUUACGUUUUUAAAACUGUU